GGAGGAAUGGACUACAAAGCCAAGACCGUUGCAGGUCUCCUGGCAGCCACCUGUGUCUUCAGCAUAAUUGCCCUCAUUCUGAGCGUCGUGAAUGUGAAGGACGUGUUUCUGCCUCCCAGCACCAAGUACGGUCUGGUGUUUGACGCUGGCUCCACACACACAGCUCUCUACAUCUACCGGUGGCCCGCGGACAAGGAGAACGGCACCGGCAUCGUCUCCCAGGUGGAAGCCUGCACUGUGUCCGGACCCGGCAUCUCCAGCUACGCAGACGACCCCGCUGGGGCUGGAGCCAGCCUGAAGCCCUGCCUGGACAAGGCCAUGAAGAUCAUCCCGGCAGAGCAGCAGCGGGAGACCCCCACCUACCUGGGGGCCACAGCGGGCAUGCGGCUGCUGAGGGAGCAGAACAGCAGCAAGGCUGAGCGGGUCUUUGCCGAGGUCGCCAAGGCCAUUGGCGAGUACCCCGUGGACUUCCGCGGGGCUCAGAUCCUCACGGGGAACGAGGAAGGCUCCUUCGGCUGGAUCACCAUCAACUACCUGCUGGAGACACUAGUCAAGUAUUCCUUUGCAGAGAAAUGGGAACAUCCACCCGACACUGAGGUUAUUGGAGCUCUGGACCUUGGAGGUGCCUCGACACAAAUAACCUUCCAGCCUGGAGUCUCCAUUGAGGACAAGAGCACAUCCGUCUUCUACAGGCUGUACGGCAGCAACUACUGGCUCUACACCCACAGCUACCUCUGCUAUGGGCAGACACAGGCCUUGAAGAUGCUGCUGGCAGCUCUCCACCAGCACAGCCCAACUGCCCAGCGGAUAUCACACCCUUGCUACCCCACGGGGUACCAGGAGAAUGUCACCACAGCAGACCUCUACAGCAGUCCCUGUGUCCGUGCACCCAGCACACCCAGCCCUGCACAGGUCCUCACGGUGACAGGGACAGGCAACCCAGCAGCGUGCAGCACCGCCGUCCAGAAGCUCUUCAACUUCAGCUGUGAGGCCAACAAGACGUGUGGGUUCAACGGGGUUUAUCAGCCGCCCGUGCGGGGACAGUUCUUUGCCUUUGCUGGGUUCUACUACACUUUCCACUUCUUGAACCUGACCAGCCAGCAGUCUCUAAAUGAUGUCAACUCCACAGUCCAGACCUUCUGCAGUAAGAGCUGGGCAGAGCUGGUGGAGACCUUCCCACAGCAGAAGAGGUACCUACACACAUACUGCUCUGUGGCGAUUUAUAUCUUGACGCUGCUACUCGAUGGCUACAAGUUCAACGAGCACACGUGGAGCAGCAUCCACUUCAGCCGGCAGGCAGCAAAUGCAGACAUCGGAUGGACGCUGGGCUUCAUGCUGAACUUCACCAACACGAUCCCCACAGAGGCUCUGGAACAUGCCAAGGGGCACCAGCCCAGUCUGUGGGCAGGUGCCGUCUCCUUCAUUGUGCUGGCCAUAGUGGCAGGCCUGGUGGCAGUUUUCCUCCAGUGUUUCUGGAAAAACAAGUAGCUCCCAGACUCCUGACUAGAGGCAUCCUGCUCACUAAACCAGUCAAAAG